AUGACACGUGCUGAAACAAGCUCUGACUUUAUAAACUCUGAUACAUACUUUCUUCCUCAUCAUGCUGUUAUCAAGAAUGAUAGUGUUUCUACAAAACUCAGAGUUGUUUUCGAUGGUUCAUGUAAGCCACCUGAUUCACAUUCCUUGAAUUCUAUCUUGGCUGUUGGUCAAACAGUGCAACCAGCUUUAUUUUCUAUUCUCAUGAGGUUUCGUAUGAAUAGAAUAGCAUUUUCAGCAGAUAUUCAACAGAUGUAUCGGCAAAUUCUUGUUGAUUUUGCGGAUCAAGAUCUACAGAGAAUUGUUUGGAGGGAAUCGGAGAGUUCUCCAAUUAGUGAAUUUCGAUUAUGUACUCUUACCUAUGGUACUUCGGCAGCACCAUUUUUAGCGGCGCGAGUGUUGCAUCAAAUUGGUUUAGACAUUGAAAACGAAGAUCCUACUGUAUCAUCUAUAAUUAAGAAUUCUUUCUACAUUGAUGACUUAAUGUCAGGUUCAAAUUCGAACGAAGAAGCUAUUGCAACAAUCAAAACACUUUCUGAAGUUUUGGAGGCUAGAGGAUUUCAUUUGAGAAAAUGGCGAUCUAAUUCUCCACAAGUACUGUCUGAUUCUUUGCCUACUUCACCCAAAGAAGUUCAAAAUUUAGAGAUUCAUCCAGAUGAGUGCUCUAAAGCUUUAGGUCUCACAUGGGACUCCUUAAACGACUGCUUUGUUUUUAAAGUUAAUUUCAAAUUUGAAGAUAAUAUUACAAAACGAACAUUUUUAUCGCAAUCAGCUAAGUUAUUUGAUCCUCUUGGGUUUUUAUCACCAUGCACUAUUUCUAUCAAAAUAUUUUAUCAGCAGUUAUGGCUUUUGAAAUUGGACUGGGAUAGUCCUCUGCCUCAAGAACUUGCUACCAAAUGGGAAGCUUUUCAAAGGAACUUUGAGCAAGUGUGCUACAUUCGCAUUCCGAGAUGGAUUCAAACAACUAAUAAGAACAUUAUUCUUCAUGGUUUUUGUGACGCCUCAGAAUGUGCUUAUGCUGCUGUCAUCUAUGCAGUGCAGCCUCGUUCUGAUGAGGAGUCGGAAGUAAUUAUUUUGACAUCUAAAAGCAAGGUUGCUCCACUGAAGUCUGUUUCAAUUCCCAGACUUGAAUUAAAUGGUGCUCUGUUACUAGCAAGAUUGUAUUCUUCGACAAAGAGCAUAUUUUCAGACUGUGAUAUCUCAUUCCAUGCAUGGACAGAUUUUCAAGUCGUUUUAACCUGGCUGUCGUCUCCUCCUCGUAAUUGGAAACCUUAUGUUUCUAACAGAACUUCUGAAAUUUUAGACUUAGUACCGGUUAAAAGUUGGUCGUUCGUCCCAACGAUGGAAAAUCCGGCAGAUAUUGUGUCCAGAGGAUUAGCUCCUAAAUAUUUUCCGGAUUGCACAAUUUGGUGGGAAGGACCUUCGUGGCUAAAAUUAACUGAAGAAAGCUGGCCUAAUCAACUACAUAGAGCUGAAAAUUCAGAAACUGUCUUGAAGGAGAAAAAGAACUUUAAAUUUAGUUUCAAUACUUCUGUUAAUUGUAGUAUCAUUGAUAACUUAUUUCAGAAAUUUUCUUCAUUUUCUAAAAUUAUUGAUAUAUUAGCAUUUUGUUUUAGGUUUAUCUCAAAUUGUAGAAUGAGAAAUCGUAAGCGAAAACCAGGUAUUUUGAGCAAUGAUAAGCCAUUGCCACUGACUACAUCUGAAAGAAAGCAGGCAGGUAAAGUGGUAAUUUCUUAUAUUCAAUCUGCGUACUUUAGCGAUGAAAUUAAUUGCAACAAGAAUGACAAGUCUCUACCAUGUAAAAGUUUAUUGCUAAGUUUAUGCCCAUUUAUUGAUAAAGAUGGCUUGAUUAGGGUGGGAGGAAGGUUGCAAAAUUCGCAGCUGCCUUUUAGUGCUAAACACCCAAUUAUUUUACCAGCUCAGCAUAAAAUUAGUUCAUUAUUAGUUAAACAUUUUCAUAUGUUACAUUUUCAUGCUAGUACUACUUUAUUACUAGGUAUUUUGCGCCAACAAUAUUGGAUUAUAGGUGCUAGAAAAAUUAGUAAAAAAUGUAUUCAUAACUCCGUUAUUUGUUGUAGAUAUAGAUAUUCUGUUUCAAAACAAAUAAUGGGUAAUCUUCCUGUAGAUAGAGUUACUCUUACUAAACCGUUUUCAGUGUGUGGGGUAGAUUAUGCUGGCCCAGUUAGUAUUUUGAAGCAUAGAGGUAGGGGUGCCAAAACUACUAAAGGUUACAUAGCGCUAUUUGUUUGUUUUGCCACCAAGGCUCUACAUUUAGAGUUAGUUAGUGAUAUGACAUCUGAAACUUUUAUUGCUGCUUUGCGCAGAUUUUGUUCUCGAAGAGGAGCUCCAAAGCACAUCCAUUCUGAUAAUGGGGAUAUAGUCCUUAUAAGAGAGGACAACGUUCCUCCUUCUAUUUGGCCAUUGGGUAAAAUAAUUGCUACCCAUUCAGGUAAGGAUGGUGUGGAAAUCAUUAAAUAUUUCCUUACGAGGUUUACUGAUUGGACGGAUAAGUAUAAACCUGAUGACUUUGGUGCUAUCAAUCCAUUAAAGUUUGAUUCGACUUCUAAAUUGUCUGCUAUCCCGUUACCUAAAUUCAGUGGUAAGAUAGAAGAAUUUGCUAACUUUAAGGUUCAGUUUCAAUCUAUGUCUUCUGCUAAUGAAAACAUUGCAGAAACUCAAAAAUUGUUCUAUUUAAAAGCUGCCUCACAAGGCGAAGCAAAAAUGUUAGAAACUAGUGAAGACACGUUUAAAUCCUUGUUUACUGCAUUGGAGCCUAGAUAUGAAAACAAACGCAUAAUUUUGGUUCUUCACAUUCAGGAAACAUUGGGAUUAUAA